GUGCCUUUGGUUAUGGCGUGCAGGCACAGAGGAGACAGUGGGAGACCCUUAAGCUGGCUCAGUGCAAGCUGGAGCACCUACAGGUCACUUCUUCUAUUUUUCCCCCUUGUGACUUCAGUGAACUCCAUAGGUGUUAAUCAGUUGGUGAAUACUGCCUUCCCAGGUAUUGUCACUUGCCAUGAAAAUAGAAUGGUAGUGGAAUUUCCAAGAAUUCUUGGCACUAAGAUACAGUACACCUCUGUGGUGGACCCCCUUGGUCUUGAAAUGAUGAACUGUACUUAUGUUCUGGACCCAGAAAACCUCACCCUGAAGGCCCCAUAUGAAGCCUGUACCAAAAGAGUGCUUGGCCAUCACCAAAUGACCAUCAGACUCAUAGAUGACAAUGCUGCUUUAAGAAAAGAGGCUCUCAUGUAUCACAUCAGCUGUCCUGUUAUGGGAGCAGAAGGCCCUGAUCAGCAUUUGGGAUCCACAAUCUGCAUGAAAGAUUUCAUGUCUUUUACCUUUAACUUUUUUCCCGGGAUGGCUGACGAAAAUGUGAACCAUGAGGAUUCGAAGCAGCACAUGGGAUGGAGCCUUAUAGUUGGUGACAGUGAAAGAGCCCGAACUCUGACCUUUCAGGAUGCCAUGACCCAAGGAUAUAAUUUCCUGAUAGAGAACCAGAAGAUGAGCAUCCAAGUGUCAUUCCAUGCCACUGGAGUGACUCGCUACUCGCAAGGUAACAGUCAUCUCUACAUGGUACCUCUGAAGCUUAAACAUGUAUCUCAUGGGCAGUCUCUCAUCUUAGCAUCACAACUCAUCUGUGUGGCAGAUCCUGUGACCUGUAAUGCCACACACGUGACUCUUGCCAUACCAGAGUUUCCUGGGAAGCUAAAAUCCGUGAACUUGGGAAGUGGGAAUGUUGCCGUGAGCCAGCUGCACAAACAUGGGAUUGAAGUGGAAACAACAAACGGCCUGAGGUUGCAUUUCAACCAAACUCUUCUCAAAACAAAUGUCUCUGAAAAAUGCCUACCACAUCAGUUGUACUUAUCUUCACUCAAGCUGACUUUUCACAAUCAACUAGAGGCAAUAUCCAUGGUGAUUUAUCCUGAGUGUCUCUGUGAGUCAACAGUCUCUUUAGUUUCAGAGGAGCUAUGCACUCAGGAUGGGUUUAUGGACGUCAAGGUUCACAGCCACCAAACAAAACCAGCUCUCAACCUGGAUACCCUCAGGGUGGGAGACUCAUCCUGCCAGCCAACCUUUAAAGCUCCAGCUCAGGGGCUGGUACAGUUUCGCAUACCCCUGAAUGGAUGUGGAACAAGACAUAAGUUCAAGAAUGACAAAGUCAUCUAUGAAAAUGAAAUACAUGCUCUCUGGGCAGAUCCUCCAAGCGCCAUUUCCAGAGAUAGUGAGUUCAGAAUGACAGUGAGGUGCUCUUACAGCAGCAGCAACAUGCUAAUAAAUACCAAUGUUGAAAGUCUUCCUUCUCCAGAGGCCUCAGUGAAGCCAGGUCCACUUACCCUGACUCUGCAAACCUACCCAGAUAACGCCUACCUGCAGCCUUAUGGGGACAAGGAGUACCCUGUGGUGAAAUAUCUCCGCCAACCAAUUUACCUAGAAGUGAGAAUCCUCAACAGGACUGACCCCAACAUCAAGCUGGUCUUGGAUGACUGCUGGGCAACAUCCACAGAGGACCCAGCCUCUCUCCCCCAGUGGAAUGUCGUCGUGGAUGGCUGUGAAUACAACCUGGACAACCACAGAACCACCUUCCAUCCGGUGGGUUCCUCCGUGACCUAUCCUAACCACCAUCAGAGGUUUGAUGUGAAGACCUUUGCCUUUGUGUCAGGGGCCCAAGGGAUCUCUCACCUGGUCUACUUCCACUGCAGUGUCUUCAUCUGCAAUCAACUCUCUCCUACCUUCUCUCUGUGUUCUGUGACUUGCCAUGGGCCAUCUAGAAGCCGGCGAGCUACAGGGACCAUCGAGGAAGAGAAAAUGAUAGUGAGUCUCCCGGGCCCCAUCCUGCUGUUGUCAGAUGGCUCUUCGCUCAGAGAUGCUGUGAACUCUAAAGGAUCCAGAACCACUGGAUAUGUUGCUUUUAAAACUAUGGUUGCUAUGGUUGCUUUAGCAGGCAUCGUGGCAACUCUAGGCCUCAUCAGCUACCUGCACAAAAAAAGAAUCAUGUUAAAUCACUAAUUUGGAUUUUUCAAAUAAAAGUGGAAGUAAGCCUCUUCUAUCUUAUUAAGGUCA